AUGAAGAUCCUCCUCAUCUUCACCCUCUGUCUGAUCUCAGAUGGAGGAGCCUCCAAGAACAUAACAGGAUAUUCAGGAGGAGGAGUCUUUAUCAAGUGCAAGUAUCAUACAGAAUACACAGAAAAACAAAAAUAUUUCUGUAAGGGUUCAGUACCAGGCUGUUCUGACCAAAUAAAGACAGGAGCUAAAAACGAGUGGAUAAAUUCAGGAAGAUUCUCACUGUUUGAUGACACCAAAUCAGCAGAGUUCAGUGUGAAGAUCAGAGAGCUCACUGGAGAGGACACUGGGACGUACCAGUGUGGAGUUGAUAUAUCCUGGGGAAAUGACAUUUACACACCGGUGGAACUGAAGGUGAAGAAAGAUCUGUCCUAUGAGAAGUCCAUCAGUAAGACUGUCCAUGUAGGAGGAGAUUUGAAUAUCAGCUGUAAAUACCCACAAUCCUUCAGGAGAGACCCCAAGUUUCUCUGCAAGACGAGGCUGCAACGUGCUGCUUGUUCUUAUAAAGCAUCUGUUAAAGAAAGUAGAAAAUAUGUAAAUGAGGGGAAAUUCUCCCUGUAUGAUGACGGAGAAACACAAAUGUUCACUGUGAGUAUUAGAAAUGUAACUGAGAAGGACUCUGGUGAAUACUGGUGUGGAGCUGAAGCAGCCUGGACAUCUGAUCAUGGAUACAAGGUUUAUUUCACACAGAUCAACCUGACAGUUACUGAGCCACGUGUCCCAGUUUCAGCCUCGAUACCAACACAACCUUCAUCAUUAUCUGAGUCUACUCCAUCUUCUCCUCCAGCAGGAUUUCCAGUUUCCACUGUGAUCACUGUGUCUGUAAUUCUGCUGCUGCUUCUGAUUGCAAUCAUAUUCCUCACUUUGACUCUACAAAAGAGAUGCAGAGGUACAGCUUCUACUGGCAGGAGUUCUGUCCAAGGCUCAGGAAACAACCAAGGGGUUCCUCUUGAUGACUGUUACUACGAAGAGAUUAAAGACACCAGAAGACUUCCUGCCUCAGAUGAGGAAUCUUCCACAAUUUACUCUACUGCUCAACUACCCACAAUCCUCUCUGAUCCUCAAACUGUUUAUUCAAACACAGAGUUACCCACAAUCCUCUGUGAUUCUGCUGUUUAUUCUACUGCUCAACGACCCACAAUCCCCUCUGAUCAGGACAUCUACUCCACAGCUCAUUUACCCACACGUCUCUCGGCUGAGAAAUCUGAUGAAGGUCUGACUUAGGCAGCAGUGAGUUUUCACUCCAGGGCCACCAGCUCUAAUGAUGCAGUUCCACAGAUUCUCUUUAAGAAGGAAGAGGUCUCGUGUGAUUAUGAUACAGU